ACAACACCUUUGAAGAAUGUCUUGCAUAUCACGUAAAACUAUUAGAAAAAUCAACCAUUGAGCGCGAUGCAAUAACAAUGGUGCCCUCGAAAUGCAUCAAGGAGCUCUAUGUCUCCCCAUUCAACUCUCUGGAAGGAGAGUACUCCAUUUCCACAAUAGAUCACUUGGCCACCAUAUCCGGGGAACCCCCCCUUAAUAGCAGGAUUUCAUUGAUGACCCCCGAAGGUAAGAUUAAAAUGGUAGCGAGCAUUCGUUCCAAGGGACCAGGGAUCAAGCUGUCUGCUCUCUGCUAAAGGGAGAAGUAUUGAAU